AUGAGAUAUUUGGCUACGAUUGGCGCGCUUUCUGCUUGCAUCUCUGCGAGCAGCAACAUCCCCGUAAACCCUUCUGUCUGGGCCAUUGCUCAAUUCGCUGGCGCUGUCAAUGCUUUUUCGAUUGAUGGCAGUAAGAUGCCAAAGUCCUCAUUCUCCUUAUUCGAAUUUUCUCCGAGUGGGAAAGUAACAGUGCCAUUAAUGAUUGUCAAUGGUGGAUGUAGCAAGACCGACUAUCCAGCAGACCUAGCGGAAAAGAUCGCCAUUAUUGCCCGUAGAAUUUGGGAUUUUGGUAUCAAAUGGGCACUUGCCGGCUCUUUAGGCGCCUCUGGAGCUAUCUUGUAUAGCAUCAGUGAUGACGGCCCUGUGCAAGGAACGCUUCUUCCUCCCCCACGCCCUCAGGGUCCUUACGUCCCCACACUAAAUAUCAUCAAGGAUGUCUCUGAACCUAUUCUCAUUCUCGGUGCUCAUACCAAUUCAAUUAUCGCUGGCCCGGGUAUCAACGAUGACGGCAGUGGUAUAAAUGCUCUCCUUGAAGUCGCAAGAGCACUUUCAGGAUAUACAGUCAACAGUGCUGUAACCUCUGCGUUCUGGACUGCCGAAGAAUUAUACCAGCAUCCGGGUUCAUCCCACUUUCUCCAGACCCUGUCUGCAGCAGAGAAAUCUAAGAUUCGCGCUUAUCUAAACUUUGAUAUGAUUGCUUCACCCAACUACGUCAAUGCUAUCUAUGACGGCGACGGUAAGGCGUUUGGCACCGCUGGCCCCUCUGGUUCAGCCGAAUUACAAGCAUUAUCCCAAAAAAUACUUUCAAGCUGCUGUUGGCGGGACCUUUACUGGUGCAAAAAUAAUAAGACUGCUGAAGAAGUUGUAAUGUUUGGUGGAGAGGCUGGUAGUCCGUACGACUCCUGUUACCACACAGCGUGCGAUACUGUUAACAACCUUAACAUGGAUGCCCUUGUGCUGCGUACCAUGGGUGUCGCAGAGGCAGUUGCUAUUACUGUUAAGAAGAACGUAGCCAGGGCUAGGAGAAGCAGUGAAGGGCAUGAACAUGUCGGCGGCUGCGCACAUAGUUACUCAUGGAUAUGA